GGCCCUCCGCCCAAAUCCUUUUAGCCUUUUUGCCUACUCGAGGUCCUCUAUCGAAUGAUGUAUGAACGAACGAAAUCGGAGCCGGACACCUGGGGCGGUUCCCUCGUAAGCUCAAACUAAGUCAGCCUCUGAAAUAAAAGUGAAGGAGAGCAGACCAGUCGUCAUCACUGCACUCAUCAAACAAAAGAGAUAGGUUGAUUGAAACACACAUUUUUAAAAAUAAAAAGUUACAAGAAAAAGCGGAAGAAGGGUCGUCUAUCCAUUAAUCGGAUCAAAUAGUCCCUUACCAGUAUGAAAGAUAAUAAAACUGGGAAGGAAUACAAGAUUCCAAGUCUAAGCCUUGACCAGAGCGUUGCAUCAUAUAUAACAGAAAACAACUGGAGACUCUGGUCGGGAAAUAGGAAUUUUUUUAGUUUAUAAAUACCUUUUCAUAAUUUCAAUGUUAACGCUUAACCUUUUGUAUUUGAUACCAAAUAAACUUAAUAAUGAAACAAUCAAUAAAUAAAUAAAUAAAUAACAAUAAACAGACGACGUCACAACACUUUGUGAAACGACUAAACUUAAACGCGUAAUGACGCUAAUAUAUAUGUAUAUAUUACAAAAUAAUGGGCCAGCCCAUUAUUCAUAAAAUAAAACGUCAUAGAAUAAUAACUUAACACUUUCACAUCCAUUGUGGCGCCACACAUGACCCCGCUUCAGCAGUCGAUCUAUUUUGUAAUGAUAUGCCCAACUGAAUUUCGAAAGAUGAUCAAUACAAUUCAAAAUCCAUUGGUAUACAACAUCGUUCGAAACAACAUCUGGAUGUGUUCUCAUAUCAAUCAAAUCAAUUUGCAAUCUGGUCAUAACACCCAAUGAAAUAAUCGGUUAGGAAACCACAUGCUGCUUAACUGUUUGACGGACUUGACAAGCAACUUGUGUUGAAUGAAUAAUUAAUAUAAUAUUAUAUAAUAAUAAUAAUUCCAAAUUUCGAUUCUGACCUGGUCAAAAUUAAAAUUCAACUUUUGGCCAGCCAAAGUUAGAAUUCCAGUUUUGGCCGGCCAAAUUCGAAAUCUGGCCGAAUUCUAAGUUUGGCCAUAACAUAUAUAUAUUCUCUGUUACUAAAUGUAAAUGGUUAUUGUUCUAAUGGAUGUUCUAAACGGUUCUUCUAACUUUACUUGCUGUUUAUUGUACCUUGUCUUUUUUUGUACGUACAAGCCGAGGGCUUUUCCUGUUUCCCUGCUUUGAUUUAGGUUAAAUAGAAAUAAAAAUGAAAUGAAAUUUAUACUCGGAUUUAUGGGUACGUAUUGUCUUUGAAGGUCUUGGUGUUGGUGCCCUAUCAAUGUUGAUUCCAGUUUAUCAAUCUGAAAUAUCAUCGAAAGAAGUACGCGGACGAUUAAUUUCACUUCAACAAUUAGCUAUAACGAUUGGUAUUGCCGUUAGUUUUUGGAUUAAUUAUGGUACCGAAGCUCACUUAUCUGGUCAAAACAAUGUCUCCUGGCGUUUACCAUUAGCGUUACAAAUAGUCCCAGCACUGAUUUUGGGUACUGGUAUUUUUUUCUUUCCGUUUUCACCACGAUGGCUUUUGGAUCGAAAUCGUGAUCAAGAAGCUAUUCGAGUAUUAGCCAGAAUACGAACAGUUGAUAGAGAUGAACAAGAUCCACAUGUUCUACAAGAAUAUGCAGAAAUUAAGCAAGAUAUACAAAUGGAACGUGAACAAUCCGUUCGAUCGUAUUCUGACUUAUUAAAAUAUCCUCUACGCCGUCGCCUUAUCCUUGGCAUGAUGAUUCAAAUAUUUGCACAACUGUCAGGUAUCAAUACUGUGAUGUAUUAUGCACCAUCGAUAUUCCGACAAGCUGGACUAUCAAGUGUAACAAGUAAACUUUUGGCUACUGGUAUUAGUGGAAUUGUGAAUAUCGUAGCAACAAUACCAGCCGUAUUAUAUAUAGAUAAAUUAGGUAGAAGACCAUCACUGAUAUCCGGAGCAUGCAUAAUGGCUUUAUCGAUGUUAAUUGUUGGAGGUGUGAUGGGAUCAUAUGGAACAAUGCGAGCAGAUGGAGAGGUGAUUGUGAUCGGAAGUGGUGCACAAUACACGAUUAUGGUUUUUAUCUUUAUUUUUGUCGCUGGGUUUGCAUAUUCCUGGGGACCGUGUGGAUGGAUUUAUCCAACAGAAAUAUUUCCAUUACAAAUGCGCUCUAAAGGCACUUCAUUGACAACAGCCGCAUGUUGGUCAACAAACUGUGCACUAUCCUUUGUUGUUCCAGUUUUAAUUAAAAAUAUAUGGUAUGGUACCUACUUAAUAUCUGGCCUGGCUAAAGAUAUUCGAUAG